CCCAAUAGUUACGCUGUAAAUAAAGCCACAACUUUAUAGAAAAUGUUUACGAUUCUGGCCUUACUCCAAUUAGAACAACAGGCUUCACUUAAAUCCAGAUUCCCAAUAAAACGAUUGUAAGUGCUAUGACAUCAUCGCCCACAGCAUGUUAUUGUAGUGCGUAAUACGAUGCAAGGUGACUCAUACAAGUUACGAUUGAGUAAAGCUACCACUCAUCCCACGGGCGGAAUCAUUCGAUAAAACUUUGUAUGGCAGAUGUCGAUGCCGCCCGAGCUAUCGAUGCCGGUGCAGCGUGGCCUGCGGACCAUGAUUUCCGGAGUUAUGUUGGUCCAGUGCUUCACCGUCUACGUCUACCUCGCCACUUAUAUCGUCUUGCUCUAUCCUGUUUUCCUGGAAGAACGACCUAACCUUCUGUUGCCUUGGCUGUUGCUUGCUGCAAUACGAAAGUUCCUGUGCGAGCUAACGAGCCUGGCUCUAGGACUCGGCACUUGCGUGUUGCUCGGCCCGGCGCGGCCGCCCUGCAUCAAAUUCGUCGUGUUUAAGAUAGCUUCUAUCACACCCGCCUUCUAUAUGUGGAUGCUUGUCCUCAGUUACUACAACACGUUGAAAGUGGCAGCAGCGUUCAAGCGGUUCCCGACAGUGAUGCAGUCGAGCGACCACGAUUAUGGGCUGGAACUGGCCGUGCGCCGGCGCCGUACCAAGUCCCUGCAAGACGAGGAGCAGCUCCGCAGAAAACUUGUCGCUUCCUUUAACUACGGGGACAGAACUGCAACACCACAAAUAUCUACAGCGCCCCGGCUAAAAUCCGAGAUUGCGUCACGCAUGGCUCAUUCAACGCAUGUGGAUUUUGAAAAUAUGAAAGCAGAGUUGGAAGAAGCACUUGGUCCACCUAUAAUAAUACCUGGACCGACAGACCGGGUGAUGGCGGACCUGGGUUCAUACGAAGACUGGUGUGGUAGUGAAAUGAUAGUACCUCGUGACACUGACCGCAUUCUGGAACAAUUUGCUAUAAUGAUGUUGCGGAUUGGAUCAUUCCUAAAAGUAGAAGGAUCUUACGCAAUAAAAAGAUUUACCUCACAAACAAAUGCUGAGAAUCCUCCAGAUAACAUGGAUUGCACGGCAAUGCAGAGCCAGAAUUCAGAUACACCACCUCUAGUUGGAACUAGCAAACAGAAUACUGCUGCGUAUCUACAAGAUUAUCCGCAAAUAUUUAUGAAAAAGCCUUACGAAACUGAUCAACUUAACGUUAACGACCCUGAAUCGACUAAAUUAAAAGAACCAACAUUAAUUAGCCAAACACAAUCACAUAAAACUACCGAAAAUAAUGCGACAUCGUUAAGUCCAAGAAUAUUACUUGAAAAUUAUGAUAUUGACUCAAUAACAUUAAAUCGAAAAUCAUCACUUGACAAAUAUCACAAUAAUGAGAUACCCGAAAAUCAAAACGGCACGAUGACACCGAAAUCUGAACAAAAAUCUGAAACGAACAAUUCUACAGACGCCUUAAAGAUUAAUUCAAAAUCUUUAGUAAGUCAAUAUUUUGAUCAAAAUGUAGGCUUAGAGAUGCAAUACAGCAAUCCAUCGGUUUCAAAAAAUUAUACGAAAGAAGCGCCAGACACGUUACAAGAUAAUAUAAAUACUGUACUGCCUUUAGAAGAACAAACUAUAUACACUGUGGAUUUAGAUAAUAAACCUGAAACACAUACUACUAUGACGGAGAGAGAUAUCAAACAGAUGUCGGAUGAAUUAUACCCAACUUCAUUGAUUUCAUUUCAAACAGAUCUAAAUACAAGAAGGUCUAUUACUAUUUUAUCUUCAUCUUUAGAGAGUUUAGAAAAAUAUGAAAAAAAUAUUGAAGAAAAUCAACAUAAAAACGAGAAUCUUACAAAAGAUACAGAAAAUGAAGCAGAUAAUCCUUCUUCAACCCAAGCAAAUCAGCGUUCUUCAAAUAGUGUUACAGAAUCUAAGAAAGAAAAAUAAAUAGCUAACUCAAGAUUUUUA